GUCCCGCCAGCAGGCUUACUCUCGGUCACCACCCGUCUUGUUGAAAAUCUUCCUUCCUCCAAACCUUGAUUGUAGCACACUCACAUCUACAUCUGUCCUCACUUCUGACUCUGAUCAGUAUGACUGGUGGUCAUAAAGUCGGGGAAUCCGAGGGGCUAUUAUAUCCAGCAUUCAUUCGGGACCAAGGAAACAUUUACAAACCCAAUAAUAAAGUCAUGGACAGCGACAGCCUGAACGAGAAGAGUCACCACGAUGUUCACACCAAAGAGAUCGAUUUGGUCAACCGGGACCCCAAGCAUAUCAACGACGACGUAGUAAAGGUGGAUUUUGAAGAUGUGAUUGCAGAACCUGAAGGUACCCACAGUUUUGAUGGCAUCUGGAAGGCGAGUUUUACCACCUUCACUGUUUCCAAAUAUUGGUGCUACCGCCUGCUCACAGUUCUCGUUGGGAUCCCUUUGGCUCUGGUGUGGGGAAUAUACUUUGCCAUCCUGUCCUUCAUCCACAUAUGGGCGGUGGUACCAUGUGUGAAGAGCUUCCUGAUUGAUAUUCAGUGCAUUAGCAGAGUUUACUCCAUUUGCAUCCACACAUUCUGCGACCCCUUCUUUGAAGCCAUGGGGAAGGUAUUCAGCAGCAUCCGUGUCUCCAUGAACAAGGAAGUGUAAUGAGUCCCUAUCCAUCCUUGAAGUGGAGAGGACCAGGGCACACUUACCAGCCAACUGGCACUUGAGGAUGCAACAAGCUCACUAUGGCUUUCCAGUGAGAAUUAAAUGAACAAUGGCACCAGAAAUUGGAAAAAAAAUAGCUUAAUCAGAUUGUAUUAUGUCGUUUAUAACUGCCGACCUGUGUUCUCCUGGGCAGUCUGCACUGUGAGACUGUGCUCAGUUUUUUUUUCACUCAUUCCGUCAUUUUACAAUGUGCAAAAAGCUGUUUGUUGUUUAAUAGUUGUUAUAUCUGACCAAAAAUUUUUAAAAAUGCUACGUUCACUUUGAUAGCUUACUCAUGAGAGUCAUUUUGCUGCUGUUAGCAAAAAAUUAUGUCAUGGCAAGACUGGCAGCUUUGAGCAGAAUGUUCUUCUGCCUGCAUUGUGCUGCCAGCUCUGCCGCAAGCUUUUAUAUCUAUUCAUUACUGAGUUAGCAUGUGCCCUUUUCAGGAUUGUUUAAAAUCUGUUAUGCUGUAAAACUUAUAUGUGUUGCAGAUUUGUGAAAAUGUCUGAUGAUAUGUGCACAAUUCCUCCAAUGACGGUUAAAACACAUCUGUGACCUAGUAGAGAAAAAUAGGGAAUAUCAAGCUAUAGUAAAUAGCUAACAUUUAUCUAACCCUCCUGUAUUUCACUGGUAGCUGUAGUUUACUUUUUAACAAUAACACUACUAAAACAUACAAUAUAUACCAAAUUUGUGCAUAUAUAUAUAUAUAUACAUAUAUAUAUGCCAAUAUAUAUAUAGGGUGGCACGGUGGUGCAGUGGAGAGUACUGCUCCUGAGCUUUGGUUUGAAUUUUGGCCUGUUCCCUCCCUAUGUAGAGUUUGCAGGUUCUCCCUGUGAGGAUUUGGAAUGGUUUGACCCCACAGGUUAGGGUUAAUUGGGGACUCUAAACUGACCAUUGUCAAUGACUGUAGAAGUGCAUGUGAUCAUGUUCUGUAAUGGACUUAUGUCCCACCCCAGGGCUGCUUCCUGCUUUAGACCUACCUAAUGCUGUUAGAAGACACUCAGGCUUUUCCCAGAUGGGAGUACUGAAAAUGAAUGCACAGAUAUUUAGUGACGAGUUGUCCUUAUAGCAAUGCUAGGUAGGGCAUGAUGCAUACUUUAUUUAAACAAUAUCAGGCUAACAGCAUUUUCAAAGGGUGAUUCAUAUGUGCACGUAAUAAAAAGCACAGAUAGUACAGAAAGAAAUAAGUACUGCUUACCUCUAGCUAUAUGAAUAAAAUAUGCCUGGUAUGUUGAGUAGGUUGACAAUGAUAAAUGUCUUUAAAUGACCUUUCUCAAAAUAACUCCUAUCCAGAAACUGUAUGUCCAUUACUUUUCUGUAGACCAAAUCUAAGUGUUGCUGCCUGUUUUUACUGUCUUCGUUUGGGAUCACUUGGUUUUGUGUCCUCAGAUAAUGGGUUAUUCUAAAAUGCCAUCCCUUCAGUUCCACUUAUCUUUCACUUUUCAACAAUUAGGGACAUAACGGAGCCCCUUAGUAUCCAUCUUGUGCUCAUAAGGAUAGAAAUACUAAAGAAGCUCCUACGUGAGUUUAUCUGCGUGCAUCCAUUAACUUGGGACUCCCUCAUUAAACCCAUAUUUGUCUAACUCUCCGCAAAGGAGAUGCUCAUACUGGAUUUUGAAAAGUUCUUCUUUCAAAAGAGAAGCUUUUCGUCUAUUAAUGGUUACAUCUGCGCCACGAACCAAACUCCUUCCCUCUUGUUGUUCUCUCUG